GGCCACAGAGGGCGCUGUAUUCAACUUAAGAUAGGACACAACUGUCGUAAACUGAACUGUCGAGAAACUGAACUUCUGCGUAACGUUACUAAAAAAAGGUCUUGCCGCUCUUUUAUACAAGCUGAGUUUUGGUCGCACACAUGACCAAACGGAGAGCAGAGAACAUUUUGCCUCCCGAAAUCCCUCAUAAAAGAUGUUUUCGUUCUCUCUCCGACAACGACAAACCGGUCGGAGGCGUGAACGUGAUCCAAAACGCAAUUCCAUCCUCGUUAUUAACGCUGGCUGGACAACGCUGCAGGAAAAGACCGAGCUAUCGCGAAGAUUCACUGGAUACAGAUAACCUACCGAGAAAGGUGGCUGCAAACAGGGUUAAUUCAGUGCUGGCAGACAGGAACACGUGCCAGUCUAGAACAUUCGAGGAUGGUGCUGGGAGACCUGUCACGCGACGGUCAUCUCGCGCGCUUCAGACGCACUCAAAUAAACAGACAGACGAAGAAAAUAACAUUACUGCAGGAGACAAGGUGAUGCACACAGAUGAGGACCUCUCUCCGUUCAAUUCCUUCCAGUUCUGGCGGGAUCCACUGCCUGAGUUGGAUCUCGCUCUCCUGGAGACUGAACCCUCAACUGGGUCCCACAUAGCUUCUUCCACCAAAGACUUGGAGGCGAUGGAAACAUGAGGAGAUCCUCAAUGCACUGUGACAUUCUUGUUAAGAUGUUGUCUAGGUGUUGCCAAAUUACCUGACUGGAUAUGAUGAGAUGAUUCCCUCUGGUCUGCACUAGAUGAACAUAUAAACAAAGCCUUGUGCUGUGAACAGCAUGAAGGCCUCCAGCAGAAGCUUCCAUUCUGGUAGAAACACGUGGUGGUCACAUGACCUCACAUUCCUGUCCUGCAGAGGUUAAGUGUUCAGAAGUGUGAAAGCAUAUCGGACUAAUCAUGAGUGUAUUUUUUUUAUUUCAGUAUAGCUGUGAAAGCAAGUGUGUCAAGUGUAUGUUCUUUUGCUUGGACUGAACCUGUGUUUGCUUUAUGUUUAUGGUGUUCAGUAGGUAUAAGCCACUUUUAUUCUUUAGGUGUUUCGUUUUUUUUUUUUUCAACUUGUUCUUUUUCUCUGAACAACUUUAUUAUUUUACUACUAUUUUACGGUACUUCUGAUCUUAGUAGAUACAGCAAGUGCUUUGAACGUUCCAGUGGCGUAAUUGCAGUGUUUUUGAAAUUGCUCAACAGCAAUAAAAUGUC